GGGAGGGAAAAAAAUUAGAUUUAGGAGGGAAAAUUCACUGCGUUGAGUUCAAACGGCGAUAACGGAUUGCUGUGGGCAGCCCCGAGGGAAUUUCAGGAGCAGGGAUCGAUUUUGUAUCAGAGGAUCCUCCAGAGGGGUGUGGAGGGGUAGGGAAAACCUGCUGGGCUCCCCCACUGCCUUACACUGCAUUUCUCCCAGUCUGUGCUGGUGAGGAGUGGGGAUGGAGGGGGGCUCUGUCCCUGCAGGACAAUUGUGGAGUUUCGUUUAAUAACGGGUGGGAAAAGUCCUGUUUUUCUGUUAUGUCGGAUUUAAAAUCUCUCCCGUGGUCGCUGGGGGUCUGUGCAGCGUCACAGAGAUGGGGUGGGCACGGUGAGACCCCUGACCCCACAGCUCCAGCCCCAGUGCUGGGUGACAAAAUCAGCCCCAGGACCUCCAGUGCUGUCCCCAAGCUCUGACCCCGAGUGUGGAACAGCUCCAGCCCCAGUGUCGGGUUGCAGAAUCAGCCCCAGACCUCCAGCAAUUCCAAGUGUGGGACACGGCUCUCCGGAUCUGCUCCAAGGACGAACCCCCGGCACCAGCAGCAUGGUGUGGGCAGCCCCAGCCCUGGCAGCCGUCACCCUCUGCCUCCGUGCCUCCACGGACCCGGUGAAAGCCACAGCGGCUGCCCUGAUUAUUGGAGCCGUCCUGUCCAACGCUGAGCAUCCCCACCUCGGGGCGCUGGUGUGUGACCUGGAGCCGGGCACCAUCCUGGCCUCGGAUCCCAACAUCCUGGACAAGCUGAAGCUCUGCCCGGCGCUGACAGGGGCACAGCAGGAUGCCCUCAAUGCCCUGCUCCUCUCGGGGGACACAGCGUACGGGGAUCCUUCAAGCUGGGACCUACAGACUCUGCAAGAUUUGGGGCCGCUCGUGCUGGCGUUGGACCAGACCACGCUGAGUUUGGUGGCCGAGGCAGCACGGGAGGAUUUCAGGAGGAGCAUCGCGGCCGCCUACAUCAGCCAGGGACAUUCCCAGCGGGAGAAAUCCCUGAUCCUCCUCAGGGCGCUUGCAGCAGCAUCAGCUGCCUCCCAGCCCAGGCUGCAGCGCAGCGCGGACCGCUGCCCGUACGGGCCCAUCACCGCCGGAAACAUCGAUGACAUCUUCAUCUACCUCUCCCCUGACCAGCUUGACCAGUGCCUGAGCAAUGAUGUGCUAAUAGAAAACCUGGAGGCUGUGCUGGAACUGCCAAUCACCACAGACGCUUCCCGGGUCCUGAAAAAAAAGGUGGAUGAGUUUUUCCAGGGGUCAGGGAUCCCGGAGCAGCAGCUGAGGCGCCUGGGGGUGCUGUCCCGCCUGUACACGGAGGAGGAGAUCAGCCAGUGGUCGGUGACAUCCAGUGACACCCUCUCAGCCCUGCUCAGCUCCUCGGGGGGAGAGUGGAAUGAUUCCCAGGUGCAGCAGCUGCUCAGCAGGUACCUGGCCCUGGGGGGCUCCUUGACGGGGCCCCUGCUCCAGGAAAUCGGAGGCAAGCACCUGUGCAACCUGCAGGAGGAGCAGAUCCAGCAGAUCCCUGCUGGAGCCAUCGGGACUGCUGGGCAGUUGAACAUCUCUUCAUGCUCCCAAACCAAGAAGGAUCAGCUCUAUGGGAAGGCCCGGGAGGCCUUUGCCAGCCUGGCCAGCACCCCCAGCCACUAUUACUGCCAGAUCCAGCCAUACCUGGGUGGAGCUCCGGCAGAGGAUCUGAAGGACUUGGCUAAUGCUGGCGUGGCCAUAAACAUGGAUCUGAGCACCUUCCUCGCCCUAAAUCCUGAGGAAUUGCAGAAACUCAGCGUCACCGACGUGAAACGUUUGCUGGGGGAAAACCUCCGAGAGCUGAGGAAGGCCGAGCACGAGCCCUCGGUGGUGAGCUGGGUGCAGCAGCAAUUCCAGCAGGAGCUGGACUGCGUGCUGGGGAUCGGCCUGCAGGGAGGGCGGCCCGAGCCCACGGGGACAGCCAGCCCUGCUGUCACCAGCCCGGCCGGCGUCACCUCCACGGCCACUGUCACUUCUCCUCACCCCACCACCUCAGCCAAUGUCACCUCCACGGCCACUGUCCCCACCUCUCCUCACCCUGCCACCUCAGCCAGUGUCACGCCUGUGCCCACCACACUCCCCACUGUCCCCAGCACCUCGGCCAGUGUCACCUCCAUGGCCAUUGUCACCACCUCUCCUCACCCCAGCACCUCGACCAGUGUCACCUCCACGGCCACUGUCCCCACCCCUCCUCAGCCCUCGGCCAGUGUCCCUGUCCCCACCCCCACUGCCAUUAGCAGCCACUCGACCCCUCAGCCGAGCACGGUCCCCCCCAGGACCCCCACCUCGAGCACUCUGAGCCCAACCCCCCCAGGCACCCCCCCCCACACUGGGGGUCCCACUGUGCCCCCUGUCCCCACUGCCACCCCCACUGCCCGUCCCGCUGCGACCAGCGCAGCGCCCUGCUCCACCCACCGGGCUCCCACCACAGACAGAGCCACCGCCCCCGCUGUCACCCUCCUCAGCACCCUCCUGGCCACCAGCAGCCCCAGUGCCACCCCAGUCCCUGCUGUCACCUCCAGGGCCACCACCAGCACUAGCCUUGGCACUAGCCUGGCUGGUACCACCCACAGCACUGUCACCACUGUCCCCAGCUCCUCCUCUGCUCCCACUGCCACCCACAGCACUGUCACCAGUGUCCCCAAUUCCACCUCUGCUUCUACUAGCCACCACAGCCGACCUCCAACGGCCACAUCAACCUGCAGCCUGCGCCUGGUGAGCUGGGAACGUUGGGAAAGGCUUGGCAAUGCCGGGCAGGACAAAGUUGGCUGA